CACUGUUUCGGAUGAUCCCAUUGGUCUUACGGUUACUGAAAUGUAUGGAGGAACAAAUGAUAUUGACACAAUUGGUCAAUACAAUGGACAAUUGAUUGACGAUGAAGAAUUGAAUCUGAUGCGAGUGGAACCUGUAUGGCAGGGGUUUGUCUCCCAGACAAAUGAUCGCACCAUGUUAGGAAAUGGGAAGCUUCUAAAUGAUAGUGGAAGAUCACGACUUGAAGAUAUCUGUAUGGAAGAUGAUCAGCAUGGUUCGGUUAGGUCAAUUGGAGUGGGGAUUAACAGUGAUGCUGCUGACUUUGGCAGUGAAGUGCAUGGAAGUUUGAUUGGGGGUAGUAGCGAAGGGGAUUUAGAAUAUUUCCGUGAUCGAGAUGUCGGGAUUGGUGGCUCCAAACACAGUCAUGAUUUGGAUAACAUUUCGAACAAAUCGAUAAAAAGCAAGAAAAAAAGUGACAAGAGUGAGUUGAAUAAAUACAUCAUUGGGGGUGAUAAAGAUGCACGCUUACAGAUGAAAACGAAUAAUGAUGUGAACUUCUCAUUCCCCCAAACUUUAAAUGAUGGCCAGAUUAUUCAAGCUGGUCCCAGUAAGGCUCUAUGGUCAAGUAGUUGUAAUGUGGACGAAAGAGAUGAUCGUCUUAAUGCAUAUGUGGGAACCGAUGACAUGCUUUCUUCUUGGAGGCGAAAGAGCAGCGAUUCUUCUCCCGUUAAAAGUUCUAGGGAUGAUAAUAAUGCUAAUAUGGUGAGGUCAACAAACUCUUCCCCGACCACAUUAUCAAAUUAUGGGUAUACUGAAACAGAUCAUGCCAAGCUAGAAGAGGAUGAAAAAGGUGGCACUGAAAGGGAAGACGAACUAGGCGCCUCACUAGAUGAUGAAGAGGCUGCUGCUGUGCAAGAGCAGGUAAGGCAAAUAAAAGCCCAGGAGGAGGAGUUUGAAACCUUCAAUCUGAAGAUUGUGCACAGGAAAAACAGAACUGGCUUUGAGGAAGACAAGCAUUUCCAUGUUGUUUUGAAUUCGGUAAUAGCUGGCCGUUAUCAUGUCACUGAGUAUCUGGGAUCUGCUGCAUUUAGCAAAGCUAUACAAGCUCAUGACCUGCACACGGGCAUGGAUGUUUGUGUUAAAAUUAUAAAAAACAACAAGGACUUCUUUGACCAAAGCCUUGAUGAAAUCAAGCUUCUGAAGUAUGUCAAUAAGCAUGAUCCUGCUGACAAGUAUCACCUUCUGCGAUUAUAUGAUUAUUUCUAUUAUAGAGAACAUUUGUUAAUAGUAUGCGAGCUACUUAAAGCCAAUUUGUACGAGUUUCAUAAAUUCAACAGAGAAUCAGGCGGUGAAGUCUACUUCACAAUGCCUAGAUUACAGUCAAUUACCAUUCAGUGUUUGGAAGCACUUCAGUUUUUGCACAGCCUUGGACUAAUACAUUGCGACCUAAAGCCGGAGAACAUUUUGGUUAAAAGCUAUAGCAGAUGUGAGGUGAAGGUCAUUGAUCUUGGAAGUAGUUGUUUUGAGACGGAUCACCUUUGCUCCUAUGUUCAGUCCAGGUCCUAUCGUGCACCUGAGGUCAUUUUGGGACUUUCAUAUGACAAGAAGAUUGAUAUUUGGUCACUUGGAUGCAUCUUGGCAGAACUUUGCACUGGCAAUGUUCUUUUCCAAAAUGAUUCCCCUGCAACAUUACUCGCCCGGGUGAUUGGGAUCAUUGGUCCAAUUGAUCAAAGUAUGCUUGCAAAGGGACGAGAUACAUACAAGUACUUCACCAAAAAUCAUAUGCUUUAUGAACGGAAUCAGGAAUCCAACAAGUUAGAAUACCUGAUCCCGAAAAAGACGUCAUUGAGGCAUAGAUUGCCGAUGGGAGAUCAAGGUUUCAUUGACUUUGUUGCUCAUUUGCUCGAGGUUAACCCAAAGAAGCGGCCCUCUGCGGCUGAGGCCUUGAAGCACCCUUGGUUAUCAUACCCCUAUGAACCCAUAUCAUCUUGAAGUAUUCAGCAGUUUCUUUCUCUUUUGAUGAUGACGCUUAACCCCCUAAGUCGGUUAAAAUACGACAUUGAGAUGGAAGGCACUGCUGCUAUACAUUAUUGCUGCUUCUCAUCAUCCAUUUUAAAGAUGUAUGGAAAGAUUUAUGCCCUUUCACAACCCUGCAAAAAUGCGUCGCUGAAAGGUGUUUGGUUUUCUCGGGUAAUGCUUGUCUCCCUCCUCCUCCCCCUCCUCCUCCUCCUCCUCCUCCUCCUCCUCAGUUCUUCAAAUUGUAUUCUAGUUAACCAUGACUCAAUGAUGUAAUAUUUUUAACUCGAACGACGUAACGGUAGGUUGCGGAUUUUCUUUCCUUUGUUUGCUGAUAUUGGGAGGGAAAUCUUUGAUAUCUUUGGCUUGUACAUGAUGUUGGAUAAUCCUUUUUAGGCUUAUUUUAGUAGUAUCUUGUGAAAGUAGAAUGAAUACCUAUAAGAUUUUGAAAUGGGGUUUGAUUCCACUGUUGGAAGCACCAAUUGGAAGCAAAGGUGGUGAAAUAUGAUGAGAAAUGGUUGACACAUGCAAGUUUUUGAAGUCCCUGUUGGUUGGAAUGCUAUGAGCCUAUGAAGAACCUUCUCCAAUUUGGUUUUUAAUGGUUCUAGUUAAUAUUGGUAGCAAAAAUGGGUUCAAAGUUCAACGAAGGUUGUGGACUCUUGCAUUGCAUGGCAUUAGAUAAUUGUUUAAUUACAUGGAUGCCGAGAUGAAUUUCUGAAUUAGCUUGUUUAUCCCCAAUUAUUGCACCAACUUUUGUUUUUUUGUUUCUCGUUAAAGUGUUAUGGUUCAUGUAAAUAUAUUUCUUCUA